GCGAUCCGCUUGACAACCAGAGUCGGGUAGCAGACAGGGUGGGAGGAGACGACAACAAGGGAUAAAGGGAAAACAAUUGGGAUUUGUAGAACAUAACAAUAAAAAAUACCCAGUAAAGGCAUCUUCCCGUCACUUUUUUCAAUACAUGUGUUUAUAGCAUCGAGAAGUUCAUUUUAAAACUGACACCAUGACGGCAGAGGAGACCAUAAACAUAAAGGAGGUGGAAAUUAUUAAACUCAUCCUGGAUUUUCUGAACUCAAGGAAGCUGCAUAUCAGUAUGCUGGCCCUGGAGAAGGAGAGUGGGGUCAUUAAUGGACUCUAUUCUGAUGAUAUGCUCUUCCUGAGGCAGUUGGUUCUUGAUGGCCAGUGGGAUGAAGUUCUUCAGUUCAUCCAGCCCCUGGAAUGCAUGGAGAAAUUUGACAGGAAGAGAUUCCGAUACAUCAUUCUGAAACAGAAAUUCCUUGAAGCUUUGUGUGUGAAUAAUGCAAUGUCAGCAGAGGAUGAGCCUCAGCAUCUGGAGUUCACUAUGCAGGAGGCAGUGAAGUGUCUUCACAGUCUGGAGGAGUAUUGCCCUUCGAAGGAGGACUACAGUAAGCUGUGCCUGCUUCUCACUCUGCCCCGGCUCACCAACCACACCGAGUUCAAGGACUGGAACCCGAGCACCGCGAGGGUGCACUGCUUUGAGGAGGCCUGUGUCAUGGUCGCGGAGUUCAUCCCCGCCGACAGGAAGCUAAGCGAGGCCGGCUUCAGGGCCAGCAACAACCGCCUCUUCCAGCUGCUCAUCAAGGGGAUGCUGUACGAGUGCUGCGUGGAGUUCUGCCAGAGCAAGGCCACGGGGGAAGAGAUCACGGAGAGCGAGGUGCUGCUGGGCAUCGACAUGCUGUGUGGCAAUGGCUGCGACGACCUCGAUUUAAGCCUGCUCUCCUGGCUCCAGAACCUGUCUCCCAGUGUGUUCUCCUGCGCCUUUGAGCAAAAGAUGCUCAACAUUCACGUGGACAAGCUAGUGAAGCCCACCAAGGCAGCCUACGCUGACCUCUUAACCCCCCUUAUUAAUAAGCUCUCCCCGUAUCCAUCCUCGCCCAUGCGGCGGCCCCAGUCAGCUGACGCCUACAUGUCUCGCUCUCUCAACCCAGCGCUGGAUGGCCUCUCCUACGGAUUGUCCAGUCACGACAAGAGAGUUACAGACCUCACCAACAAGACUUCACCGAUGUCUCACUCUUUCGCUAACUUCCAGUACCCAGGAGCGCACAACCUGAGCAGAAGCUUAAUGCUGGAAAACACAGACUGUCACAGUAUCUAUGAGGAGUCCCCAGAAAGAACUGACACUCCUGUUGACAGGAUGUUGCAUUCCGCUGGCGAUGACGCAGUGCAUCCUGGUCCUGUGUCUGCCCCAGGUGGUGACCCUAUGCCCCCAGCAGCUUGUGAGAAGAAUGAGCUCCGCGACUCCACAGAGCAGUUCCAGGAAUAUUACCGCCAGAGGAUGCGUGUGCAGCAGCACCUGGAGCAGAAGGAGCAGCAGAGACAGCUGUAUCAGCAGAUGCUACUGGAGGGAGGUGUGAAUCAGGAGGACGGCCUAGAUCCUCAGCAAAACCUCACCGAGAAGUUCCUCAAUAGGUCCAUUCAGAAGCUGGAGGAGCUGAAUGUGGGGAUGGACAAUCUGGGCGGUGAGGUGCAGGCUCUGAGCCAGCAGUGCAAUGGAACGGCAGCCUGCAGCCCUGCACCUGGAAGUAGCUUGGCCCUGACAGCUGAGAGAGGCCAGCAGAAAGACAUCGCUCGAAUUUCAAGCAGCACUCCGCAGAAAGCUGGCGCGAAGGGGAUGCCCUCCUUAGAUGAGUCCCCAGUUUUGGUGACUCGGAGUGGGAGUCCUGCCAGUAUUCCAAAAGACAGGGCCACACAACCACCCCUACUAGAGGAUAUUGGCUAUUCCUCUACACGUGGCAAGAGUCAAGAGGGUGAGAAACCAAAGAUGCAGUUUGCUGCAGUCAGCACCCUGGAGGACACACAAGCUGUCAGAGCUGUGGCCUUCCAUCCCAGCGGAGCUCUGUAUGCUGUCGGGUCCAAUUCCAAAACACUGCGGGUCUGUGCAUACCCAGACACAAUCGACACAAGUGUGUGCAGCUCCCCAAAGCAGCCAGUUGUGCGUUUUAAAAGGAACAAACAUCACAAAGGGUCAAUAUACUGUGUGGCCUGGAGUCACUGCGGACAGCUGCUAGCAACAGGCUCCAAUGAUAAAUAUGUCAAAGUGUUGCCAUUCAAUGCAGAAUCCUGUAACGCUACAGGUCCAGAUUUGGAGUUCAGUAUGCAUGAUGGGACCAUUCGAGAUCUGGCCUUCAUGGAAGGGCCCGAAAGUGGAGGUGCCAUCUUAAUUAGCGCAGGGGCUGGGGACUGCAAUAUUUACACCACAGACUGCCAGAGGGGCCAAGGACUACAUGCGCUUAGUGGUCACACAGGUCACAUCUUGUCCCUGUACACCUGGGGUGGGUGGAUGAUUGCAUCAGGGUCACAGGACAAGACAGUGAGGUUCUGGGAUCUGAGAGUUCCCAGCUGCGUUCGAGUAGUAGGCACAGCUUUUCAUGGGUCAGGCAGUGCAGUGGCUUCUGUUGCUGUGGACCCCAGUGGCCGUCUCCUGGCCACAGGUCAGGAAGACUCCAGCUGCAUGCUUUAUGACAUCAGAGGAGGGCGGAUGGUGCAGACCUAUCGCCCUCAUUCCAGCGACGUCCGCUCUGUGCGCUUCUCCCCUGGGGCUCACUACCUGCUCACAGGCUCCUAUGACACCAAAGUCAUGAUUACUGACCUGCAAGGGGACCUUACAAAGCAGCUUCCAAUCAGUGUGGUUGGCGAGCAUGCAGACAAGGUGAUACAGUGUAGAUGGCACACACAGGACCUCUCCUUCUUGUCCUCAUCAGCAGACAGAACUGUCACUUUAUGGACUUACAAUGCAUAGGACUCACAACGUUGGGAAAGGUAGGUGGAAAAAGCACACAGACUCUCCCUUGAAUCAACUGGAAAAGGCCCCAUCAGACGUUAAGCCUACGUGACAUUUUCCCAAGGAAGGAAAAAAAGUGGAUGCUCAUGUUAAAUGUGUGCGUCUCUCUCUAUGCUUGUGCAGAUGAUGGUGUUUUGUAUUAUUUUGCUGUGCUUACAGUCUUCCACAAGCAUUACAGCUUCUGUGACUGAUUAUAGUCCUUUUGCAAAAUCAUUUGUAAUGGCUCUUCGUUUCCUGUAAGUGUGUAUAUGGUUGAAAAAGCUUAAUAACAAUGUGCCGAUGGUUUAUUUGUUGCAUUCCUUGAUGUUAACAACACUUGAUUAAUACAGAAUGCACAAAAGCUCAGUUGCACACCGUCAGCAGAGAUUGUCCCAUGUAAUGGGCACUGCUGAAGGAUUCAUCUCUCCUGAAUUGGACAAAAAUCCUGUCCCAAACACAGUAUGUUAGUGAAAUGGUGCCUUGAUAAGUUAGCUUCAUUAAAUAGCUUUAUUUAUAUUCAUGAUGUAUUGGGCCAUAUUUUGCAGUAAGUGCAAGGGCUAAGAUAAAAAUUAGUCAAAUAAAUUUAGCAGCAUAAAAUGUGCAAGGAGUUAUUGCCACUGCAGUUUUACUCAAUGCCAAAUAUGGCCAUAAAUAUUCCUGACAAAAAUAACUGUCCAGAGGUCUGUCUGUGAAGAAGCCAAGUGGGUUUUGUAGCACAGCUAGUAAUUAUGGUUAGAAAUCAGCAGGGUUAGUGGAGAAAACAUUUGGUUUUAAAAUUAGUUGAACAAACUCUUUUCAAUCACUUCUUUGUAAAUAAGGUAAAUGUCUAAAAAAAGAACAAUUUUAGAAAUGUUUCCAUUUUAUGUAACAAAAUCAGUGUUUGAUUUUUUUUAAACAAAUGUGUCAUCUGCCACAGGGCACCUCAGUAUGUUACAGAAUGCUUGCAAAAUUAAUAUUAGGCUUGUUAAAUAAGACUACUAAAGACCAUUUCUAACAGCUCUCUGUUGCUGAAAGGCCAUUCAGAUACUGAUAUCUCAAGAACUUUGAGGUUAGUUUGGUCAACUUGACACCCAUUUUUGUUGAGUGUAGUACUCACCUUAUUUAGGGUAAGUAUAAUUGCACAGCAGAUGGUUUGAAGCAGUUUCUAAAAAGUAACCACAUUCCAUUUUGAAGGUGCAGUCUUAGCCUAUGGAAUAAAGAGUACAGCUUUAUUUUAUAACCAUUUCCAUUAAAUAUGUGGAGAAAAGCAUGGCAUUCCACAUAGGCAUGACUUAAAAAGAAAUAAAGAGAUGACUUCUUCUCCAACACACAUCUGCUUCUUUUAAUUUGUUACUUUUGCACUUUGUUCAUUAUAUACAAAGGAAUUGCUGUUUCGUAAGAAAUUGCAGAUUGUAUUGUAUGUAUGUUUCUGAUUUAUUUUCGUAUUGUACAGUUCUUUUGUUUAAAUUAAAAGCAAAAAUAAAGGUAGAUUUAUUAUAUUUAUUUGUAAUGUAGUUUGUUUCUGUUUACAUUUUAUGAGAAGACUGUGAACUUAAAAGGUAGCUUUUAUAAGUCUUUUAACAUGACAAGAGUGGAAGUGUGACUGCUGUUUAAUCUCAAUAAAGGCCUUUCUGACACUUAA